AUGUUUACUAUUCAAAGCUGCCUCAGCACAUCGUUAAUAGUUGAGAAGGCGGCCGACGGAGGCUCAAUGUUCGUCUCGGAUUCUUUGGUCUUUCCGCCUUCGACUAUGAAGGUUCGAAUCACUAAUAUGGAAGGGGUUGAUAUCCUCGAGGAUUUUCGUCCCGAUGCUACUGUUGAUAUGGUGAAAAUCCGUUCACUCAGUCAACUUUUCAGUCCAAUGGAAAGCAUGAAAGUAUCACUUUAUCACAAAGUUUUACUUGUCAGAACUGGAAAAGUCCUUAAUGAAGAGUACACCCUGCAACAAGAAGGUCUAAGAGACAAUGAUGAAAUCCUAAUUUUAAAACGACGCUUACCUCCAUUCAUUUAUGAUGGUGCAGACAAGAAGGAAGAAUCUCGAAAAGGUCCAAACUCGGACAUCAUCAACAAGGCUACAGCAGGUUUGGCUCCUAGUAAUGCGGAAUUUCCAGUUGAAAAAACUGUAAAUGGUGGAGAUUUUCAAGCUGAAUUUAGGAAAAUUUUAAUUACUCUAAUUGAAGCUUCACAGAAAAUCCUUUGUUUGAAUCCAGAAGCCUCUAAAAUCUUCAAACACGCUGAAGAGAUCAGUAACCAAUAUGUACCGAGUGCCUCCAAAAUAGAUGAAAAUGCUUUGAAAAAGCUAACGGAUAUGGGAUUUCCUACCAACAGAGCACGUAAAGCGUUGUUUCUUAAUAAAAUGAAUUUUCUGUUAGCAAUGGAUUGGUUGUUGACACAUGAAUCUGAUCCUGACAUUGAUGCUCCAUUGAGUGAUGAAGAGGAAGGAACAGAAGAUCAUGUUGAAGAUGAUCCAGAAGAAAAUAAAGAGGACGGUGCUACAGCUUCCACCAUAGCAGAACAGCCACCCAAAAUAAAUAAUCUCCUUAACUCUUUAAAAAGAUUCAAGAAAAGAGAAUUCCGUCCUAAUACAAGGGCAUUGAUGAAUCUGAUGGAGAUGGGCUUUGAAGAAUCUGAGGCAAUUAGUGCCUUAAGAGUUGCUGGCAACAAUCAAGAUACUGCUUGUGAAUGGCUUCUAGGUGAUCGUAAGACAUUGCCAAGUGAUGUGGAUGAAGGAUUAGAUGUAGAUGGUCCAAUUUACAAAGCAAUAAUGGCUAAUCCUACUAUUCAGCUAGGUUUAAAUAAUCCUCGAUGUUUGCUUGCCUUUCUACUGAUGCUUGAGAGUCCUCUCACUGCUAAUCAAUGGCUGACAGAUGCUGAAACAGGUCCAGUUUUGCUGCAAGUUUCUCGGAUUUAUCAUGCAGAAAAAAAUUCCAAUAAAGCUCUUGUCAAUCAGAACAAUCUUGGACUUGGAACUAGCAGCAGCAGAUGA